AUGGCCCUGAACAUGGAGAAUGAUCCUUUGAUAUACAAGUGCUUCCCUACAAGCCUGACCGGACCAGCGCUUAAUUGGUUCAGGAACCUGGCUAGAGGCUCAGUGGAUAGUUUUCGGAGUUUGUAUAAUAAGUUCAUAAGCCAGUAUUACAGGAACAAACGUCCAGCCAAAGACAUUUUAAGUCUAUUUACGAUGAAGCAGCAUGAUAGUAAACGUCUCCAAGCUUUCCUCACCAGAUUUAACCUUGUCAAGAGCAUGGUGAUAGAAUGCCAUUCAUCCACGGCGGUUCAAGCGUUCAAGCUAGCAAUGAACUGGGAGACACCGUUCCACACGAGUCUAGUGGUGAAUACACCGAACACUAUGGAUGAGUUGAACGAGAGAGCUGACGGCUUUGUGCGCUUGGAAGAAAAUGAAGCAGCCAACGCCAGAAAGACGUCUAUAAUCUCAAUGGAAGAGAAGUCCAAAACAAAGAUCCGACAGAAAUAA